CGUUUAUCUAAAAUCAACCAAACUUCUCUAUCCUCUUAUCCUAUCUCUCCAUUCGUUCCCCAGUCCCCUCUUGCAGUCUCUCCCGAGCUCUGCUCUAAUGGCGUCUUCUACUCUCUCUACAAUUACUUUGCGCUCCUUCUCUUAUCCUUCCUACGCUGCCACCACUCAAGCUGCAUCUCCCGCAGCCUUUUCCCCCAAACAAACCCUAGAAUUCCCCCUCCGAACCCCUAAACUCUCCCACCGAUCGACAUUUCUCCGCCCCGUUGCCGCCGUUGCCGAGGGGAAGGUUGUAGAGCUAGGCGAUGAAAUUUCGAACCUAACCCUUGCAGAUGCACAAAAGCUAGUUGAGUACCUCCAAGACAAGCUUGGAGUCACCGCCGCCUCCUUUGCUCCUGCUGCGGUUGUUGCCGCACCUGGCGCUGGAGCUGAAGCACCUGCUGCCGUGGAGGAGAAGACGGAGUUCGAUGUUGUGAUUGAUGAGGUUCCUAGUAACGCGAGGAUUGCGACGAUUAAAGCCGUUAGAGCUUUAACGAGUCUGGCGCUUAAGGAGGCCAAAGAGCUUAUUGAAGGACUUCCGAAGAAAUUCAAGGAAGGAAUAUCGAGAGAUGAAGCAGAAGAGGCUAAGAAACAACUUGAAGAAGCUGGCGCAAAAAUUUCGAUUGUUUAGAUCACGAAUUUGUGAUUAUGAGUUUUAAAUGAAGAUGAAAGGAGGGACAAGCUUUUGGAAUUUGUAAAAGUCUUUAUUACUUUAUUAUGAUGUGUUAAGACAUUACUUAACUUAUGUCUCUUGAUGUUAUUGAUAGAUCCCCUACUUUUAAACUAUUUAGCUAUUAAACUGUUAUGAAGUUGAACA